AUGACUCUCCCAGCAGGCUACACAAGAUGGAAUAGUAGGAUUCAUGUAAACAGCACUGUGAAGCACCAGAAUACAAACAAGAAGCAACUAGUGUGCAAAUUAAAAAAAUCCCUGUAUGGCUUGAAGCAGGCACCCAGGCAAUGGUUCUCUAAGCUAUCCACAACCUUAAAAGACUGCGGAUUUAGUCAAUCCAAAACAUAUUACUCUCUAUUUACUCGAAGUGAGGGGGAGAGUCUGGUGACUGUCUUAGUCUAUGUCGAUGACCUUUUGAUAGCAGGGAAUGAUCAUACAGCAAUACAACAGGUUAAAGCCUUCCUUUCAUCUACCUUUCACAUGAAAGACAUGGGAGCUCUUAGGUAUUUUCUGGGCAUAGAAGCAGACAGUACAGAACAAGGUAUUUUUCUGUCUCAAAAGAAGUAUGCCCGUGACUUGAUAAAGGAAUAUGGUAUGCAUAAGUCUAAGGCUGUUAGAGUACCUAUGGAAGCUCACACAAAAUUGACACCAGAGCUGGGGGAUCCUUUAUCAGAACCAACUGAGUACCAAAGAUUGGUUGGGAAACUCAUAUACUUGACCAUUACCAGACAAGACAUAGCCUAUGCUGUUCACAUUUUAAGAGUCUUAUUAGCUUCUAAAUCAGCUGCUCUCCUCACAGCUUACACUGACAGCGACUGGGCAGGGUGUCCUAUGUCAAGAAGAUCGACAACUAGGUUCUGUGUCCUACUAGGCUCCUCACCGAUCUCAUGGAAAUCCAAGAAGCAGACAACAAUUGCUAAAUCCUCUGCUGAAGCAGAGUAUAGAGCCAUGGCUCUUACAUCUUGUGAAGUGACUUGGCUCACUCAAUUGUUGAAAGACUUGGGGUUGAAGAAUCUCGGUCCUGCAAUUUUGAAAUGUGACAACAAGGCAGCUUUAUCCAUAGCAGCCAAUCCAGUCCAUCACGAAAGGACUAAACAUAUUGAAGUUGAUUGCCACUUCAUUAGAGACAAAAUCAAUGAAGGUUGCAUCAAAACUCAAUACACCCCUUCAGGAGAACAAUUGGCUGACAUAUUCACCAAGCCUCUCACCAUUUCUCAACAACAUCUCUUAUUUCCCAAGCUUGGCGUUCGAUUCUCUCACACCUAG